AUUCAUAUUCCGUCACGCCAACGUGAAUUUGUGUUCACUAUCUGCCUAAUCAUAAUUUUUUUUUUUUUUAGUGUGGUCCGUCGGGUGCCCCCCACACAACUAUAAUAUACGAUAGGUGCACGGAUGAACGAUUUCAGCACCAAGUAGUAAGUAUCUCCGCAUUCUCCGGUUAUACCAAUAUACCAUGCGGCAUGCGUAAUGUUUCGAUGUUAUUGCAUCAUGGGCGGUGACUAUCGAUGUUGGAUAAACAUCGAUGCGAGAAAUUUGAUGUUUGCCACAUUGCCUUGCCAUGUCGACAAAAAACUACCGCCGCCGCCGCCGCCUCCUCCGGUCACCACUCGCUUCGCUAGUUCAGUCACAAUUCGGCAUCACUAGUCGCGCGUAUCUGCCACGCGUAUCGCACGCAAAAACUAAACGUAAUUCGUAACAAAAAACGAUCCGUAAGAAUACAAAAUAAUUUGACGAUCCAAAAUCGAUAAUUUAAACGUAGUCGUUUAAUAACGCGAGCAGAGUGUUAUUCGAAUUUUAUUUUUUCCCAUCACCGCCGCGCAAUACGGUGCUUACAUCAUCGACCGCGGCUGGCCGUGGCAAGAUCGUUUUUUACUCUCGAAGACGAAAACAGAUCUCAUGGCGCCCAACAUUAUCCGACCCAGUCAAAUGUUGAUAUUCAACUCGGGCAUGUGCUACGUGGAACAGCGACAGCACACGGCCGCCGGAGACGUCAGCGGCGGAUCGUCGAUGUCUCCGAGAUCGCCGCCGGCCAAGCGGACGUACGUGAAAAACAUCUCGCCCGAGGAAAAAAUUUUGCGCAAAAAAUUACGAAACAGAGAAGCAGCACAGUUAUCUAGAGAUAAAAAGAAAGCACAAUUCAAUGUUUUGUCAGGAAUGGUUCAUGGUUUAAGAAAAGAGAACGUUCAUUUAAGAGCAGAAAUAGAAACUUUACGAGCCAACCAAGAACAGUUGAUCACUGAAAAUGAAAGGUUACGAGAACAACUUUCUACCGAGUCAUCCAUACCAAAAUCAAUAGUUACAGAAUUCUGUACGACAGCAGUUAAUAACAAGAUUUCGAUUAAUGGACCUGCCGUGUCCAAUAGACACCCUCUGCAGAAGGGCAAACUGAAUCGAACAUCCUGUUUGAUGCUCUGUUAUCAGAUUCUAUUCCUAUUACUGACCAUUCCAUCCUACAUGAUCUCAAGCUUCCAGACGACGAUGACGAUAUGGACUGGCUUGACAACAAUGUAUCAAAACGUUUGGAGAAAAUUGCUGAUGAACUACUUGGCGAAAGUUUCCUUAAUGAAUGUUGUCUUGAUGAAAUGGUGGGGAGCACAUCAGAAAUCAUGGAACCCGGUCAAAAUAUUGAUUUACCCAAUGCAGACAUAAAAGUAGAGGAUGAUUCACUAUUCAUGCUAAACACAGACACAGACACAGACACAAUUACAGGUGCAAGUACAGUUAAGAUUCCAACUGGAGAAAUGCACUUUUUGACACCAAAUCUGGUUAAUGCAGACAUAAAAGUAGAAGAUGAUCCACUAUUCACGCUAAACACAGACACAAUUAUAGAUGCUAACACUGUUAAGAUUCCAACUGAAGAAAUGCACUUUUUGGCACCAAAUGUGGUUGUUAAAUCUGAAAUUGAAGAACAUUCUGAAGACUCUUUGGAACGUUUUAUUAUCGUAGAAGAAGCUGUUGAAGAAGUAACCACAACAUAUGACGAACAUAUUCUUGAAAUAUGCCAAGAAGAUGAUGCCAUGGACUGUACCGAACAGUAUGAAGAUAUCGGUUAUGAAUCGCUUAGCUCUCCUGAAUAUGAUUAUAAAACACGUUAUAGUACACCACCAAUAUUAACAGAUUUACUUUCAUAAAAAUAGUACCUAUAAUUAAAUUAAGAUUCACAAUAUUAAAUUAAAAGUAUAACUUAAAUCUAUGUUAUUUUUUGAUAUUUUAUACACUUAUAUUACUUUAUCUAAUUUAUGUUAGUAUAGGCACACUAUAUUACUACCUAUUGUAUACUUUCAUAUGAAAAUUGACGUGUCCUAUUAUAUAAUGUUGAAUAACAUUGAGUGUUUUAUCUAAUUUUAUGUUAUCAACUCGUGUGUUUGUGUCCCAUAUAAAUAUAUUUAUGUUGAGUGUUCUGUGUCUAUGAUUAGCACUGAUCACUAAAAUA